AUGGCCAACUCGUCGCAGUGGCUAGAGGAGGGCGCGGGGCGCUGGCCGCCGCCGGCCGGGCCGUACAGCGAGGCGCAGCGCCUGGCGCUGGAGGAGCUGGUGGCGGGCGGCCCCGAGGCGCUGCGGGCUUUCCUGCGGCGGGAGCGGCUGCCCCCGUUCCUGUCGGAGCCCGAGGUGCAGGACAUCGCGCGGGCCGCGCUGCCGCCCGCCGCGGGCCCGGAGCCGGCGGCACAGUCCUCGCCCGGCGCCUCGCUCGACGCCUCCUCGCUCACCUACUUCCCCGAGCGCUCGGACCUGGAGCCGCCGGCGCUGGAGCUGGGCUGGCCGGGCUUCGCCAGCGGCGCCUUCCGCGGGCUGACGCGGGUGGAGGCGCAUUUCCAGCCCGGCUGCGGGGACGGCGGCAGCAUCUACGGCUGCAAGGAGGCGGUGCGGCGGCAGGUCCGCUCCGCGCGGCAGAUGAUUGCCUUGGUUAUGGAUUCCUUCACAGAUACUGAUAUCUUCAAAGACUUCAUGGAAGCUUGUAGCCAGCGGCAAGUUAAAGUGUAUAUCCUGCUAGAUCAGUCUUCAUUUUCCCACUUUCUAAAAAUGUGCAAGGAUCUGGGAGUUGACCUUGAACAGGAAAAGUUGAUGAGAGUUAGAAUUAUCACUGGGAACACAUACUGCACCAGGUCAGGAACCAAAAUUAUUGGAAAAGUCCGUGAAAAAUUCAUGUUAAUUGAUGGCAUCAGAGUGACGACAGGCUCCUACAGUUUUACAUGGACAGAUGGGAAGCUGAACAGCAGUAACAUUUUGAUCCUGUCAGGCCCUGCAGUUGCACACUUUGACCUGGAAUUUCGGAUUCUCCAUGCACGGUCAAAGCCUAUCAACCUCAAAGAGUUAUCCAGCUGCAAGAAGAACAAGGUGUUGGACCAGCUGGUCAAGAUAACAGUGGCUUCUAGAGACAUGACCAGGGAAAACUUCCUGAGAAUGGAUUUUUUGUAUCUGAGAGCAUUUGUGGGAAAUCUGAAGAGGAAGCGAAGCGGGCUGCAUGCCUCGAGGGAGGCAGUGUACGUGCCAAACAAUGCCAUGCACACCUCCCCUCCGCUGACUAAGAGGAAUGGCUCUCUGGUUAUGAGGCCACACUGGAUCAUAGAGAGAUGAACUGCACAUCUGUGCAGGGCGAGAAGCAGAACUUUAGGAACCACAUCCAGCUGUCCCUGUCCAGCGCUGUCUUACAGUGUGUUUGUGAGAGCAGCUGAGAAACAAACUUCAAAGAGAGAGAAAGUGAAACUGGAAUUGUGAUUUUGUUUGAAGACAGACCAGUAUAAAGCCGUUAUUGUCUUCUAGUAUUCUGUUAGAUUUUCAUUUUUCAUGUUUUGAGCUGAUGGGUUGGCAGUGUCUUAGCUCAGUUGCUCAACCCUUUUUCUUUUAAGGAAUCUAGGUAUCAAAAAUCAUAUUGCCUAAAAGUCUUCCAAACAUGAAAGCAGGAUAAGUGACUCUGAAAUCAGUCUAAGCUUAGUCUUGGUUGCAUGAGCUCUCCACCAUUUCAUGACCCAGAACUGGAGUAACCCUAAUCUAGAAACCAGUAGGUCAGUACCACACUACUAGUCCUCAAAUGUUACAUUUUCUUGACAUGAAGCUGUGCUGGGAGGCAGAACGAGUUAAUGUGUCAGGCAAACAAGGCUUUUGUAGUGACUGAAUUUCAAGUGACCUUUGUAUUAUAAUGUAUUUGGAUUGUUGGACAUCAUGCAAUAAAUGUGUGCAAGGGAUAGUAUUCCUAAGGACCUGCUAUGUUUGUAGUAGAGACAAAUGAGACCAAUCUCUUAGCAUUACCAGGCAUACUUUUUGGGUUCUUUAUGGUUGCUGCUGCUGUCUGAUCUUGUGGGAAAAGCUGAGUAGAUCUGAAAUCUCUGAAGCUACUGCGUCUUCUCAAAAGCUCUACUUCCACCAGAAAUGCGAUGAUAUGAAACUCAGCAAUAGAAUAAUUUAUUUUUAAAGUUUCAUGCAAGCUUGAUUAGUAUUAUUUUUUUAAAUCUGUCAAUUUCUAGAGGAAAAAAAACUCCAACAAAACCAAAAAACCAAAACAAACAAAACCCCAACCCAAACCAAAAAAAUCCAACUCAAAUGAAUAAACUCUCCUCGCAGACAGCUGUACAUUGAGGCACUGGAAUUCCAGCAGCCUGCCAGGGCAGAAACUCAUUAGUCCAACCAUGGCAGCUGUGGGCAAAGCCAAAGUUUAUUAUUUCUCAAGUUGUUCUUGAGGCUCUUCUACUGCAAAGCACUUGUGUAUAUGCUUGUGUGAGUGUCUUGUGAGUUCUGGCCUUCAAAGGGUAAGGUUCAAACUUAGCUGGGGAGUUUCAUAAGUGUCUCUGCUAAACAGUGGUAGGAUAACAUUAAAUUGGACAUGUGGAGGUUACAAAAAUGGUCUUUAUAGACAAUGCAAUAAUGUGUUGCUUGGAUACAACUAAUCUGGGCCCUUUUUCUUCUGCACUUACAAUCAUGGAAAUGGAAUAAUUCUGACUCUCCUAAUCUGUAAAUAUUCAAUAGUUUAUAGUUUCAUAGUCUUAACUUUCAUGCAGAUAUAAAGAAAUUUGAAAUAUGUAUUUUUAUUUUAAACUAUAUAUUCCAUAGACUCAAACCCCAUACAGUGUUGUACU